UUGAAUUAAAAUAUUUUUAAAGUUGAAUUUCUCUUAGGUACCUCUGUGACCAGGUCCUCCUUCCUUGAUGGAUUAUACACUCGAACCCAACAUGACAACAAGUGACUACUACUACCCGGAUAUCUUCUCAAGCCCCUGUGAUGGGGAAGUUAUCCAGAGAGAAAGCAAGUUGCUUCUUGCCAUCUUUUACUGCCUCCUGUUCGUGUUUGGUCUUCUGGGAAACAGCGUGGUCAUUCUGGUCCUUGUCAUCUGCAAGAAGCUGAAGAGCAUCACAGACAUCUACCUCUUGAACCUGGCCCUGUCUGACCUGCUUUUUGUCUUCUCCUUCCCCUUUCAGACUCACUAUCAGCUCGACCAGUGGGUGUUUGGGACUGUUAUGUGCAAGGUAGUCUCUGGCUUUUAUUACAUUGGCUUCUUCAGCAGCAUGUUCUUUAUCACCCUCAUGAGCGUGGACAGGUACCUGGCAAUUGUCCAUGCUGUGUAUGCCAUGAACGUGAGGACAGCCAGAAUGGGCACAGCCCUGAGCCUGGGAGUCUGGCUGAUCGCCAUCAUGGCCACCAGCCCACUGCUAGUAUUUUACCAGGUGGCCUCUGAAGAUGGCGUCCUCCAGUGUUAUUUGUCUUACAAUCACCAGACUUUAAAGUGGAAGCUCUUCACCCACUUUGAAAUAAAUAUCUUAGGCCUGCUGAUCCCAUUCACCAUCCUAAUGUUUUGCUACAUUAGCAUCCUGCACCAGCUCAAGAGUUGCCAGAACCACAACAAGACCAAGGCCAUCCAGUUGGUACUCAUCGUGGUGAUUGCAUCUUUAGUCUUCUGGGUCCCCUUCAAUGCGGUCCUCUUCCUCACUUCCCUGCAUGACCUGCACGUCUUGGACGGAUGUGCCAUGAGCCAGCAGCUGAUGUAUGCCACCCAUGUCACAGAGAUCAUUUCCUUCACUCACUGCUGCGUGAACCCUGUUAUUUAUGCUUUCGUGGGUGAGAAGUUCAAGAAACACCUCUCAGAAAUAUUUCAGAAAAGUUGCAACCACGUCUUCCUCUUCUUGGGAAGGCCAAUCAUCAAGGAUAUGGGGGAGAAACCAUCCUCCUCCUACCAGCACUCCACCCGUUCCUCCAGCAUAGACUACAUUUUGUGAGGAUCUCUGCUUUCCCAGCCACUCCUCUUCCAAAGGACAAAAAUGGUUUAUACUGGGGUCUGAGUAUCCUUUUAGUCUUAGAAAUCUGGUUAUAGACACAAGAUAUAUUUCACAUUAAACUUGUAUUAGUAGGGAUGUAUUGAAGUUGUAUAUAG